AAGGGGAGGGGCAAGGAGAGGAGGGCCGCUGGCUGCUGCUGUUUGUAUGGCUAGUUAGAAUGGCGGCAGACCUGUACCCCUACUCUUGCUGCGGGCCUUAAAGUUGUGUUAGUCUGUUGCUCCGAGCUGCGAACUGAGGAACCGGGGAACGUUGAACCGGGCGGGAGUUGGAGAAGCCGACUGAGAGAGGCGGGAGGGACGGUGAGAAGGGGCGGCGGCGGCUGGACCACGGUCUGUGUGCGGCGGAGCUCAUCUAUCCUGAAGCCGCGGCUCUUGGAGGGGACUCCAGUGCGCCUCAGCUCCUGGGUCUACCCUUCCGCGUCACUUCCGCGCGGGCCGAAGCAACUGUGCGCCCUGCCCUGCCCUCGCCCAAGUUGCCGGCCCGCGCUGACUUCCCCAAACUCACCUCUUUAGUGGCGGUGUUACCGUAACCUUGUAAGCCGAAUCUUCAUAGAGCAAUAAACAGAUCUCUUUGACAGAUCUUUUUGUUGUGAACGUUGGGCCCUGAUAUAAAUGUCCAGUGACGGAUCAUUAAAAAUAGCGAGCACAGAGCGUCUCCCACUAGUACCCAAAAAGUGUAAAAUUGGACCAAUAGGUAGUAAGCCGUCAUCGUAUGUCAACUUUUAGGAAUAUAUCCUACAGAAACAGUUUCUCAAAGUCAUGUGAACAAGGAUAUUUAUUUCAGCAUUAUCUUUAACAGCAAAAGAAAUUAGAAACAACAUCAAAUGCUCAUCAUUCUUAAUGUAUGUGUUUGUAUAUGCAUAGAAAAUUCAAGUCUGGAAAGCUAAUCGUCAAAACUCACCACUGGAUGAGGUCUUGCGAAACACCAGUUAUAUCUGAAAGCAGUAUUUCUGAAAGUAUGGCUCCCAGAUCACCUGAUAAUCACCUUGCAUUCUGACUCUUGGACCCCACCCAGAGCCAUCCUAUUCCUGAGCCCGUUGAGCAAGCAUUGAGGUGGCUCAUGAAAAAGACUAACAUCCACAGGACAAUGGAUUAUUAUUGUUCACCUGAUUAUAAAAUGCUUCCUCUGAAGAAAAUGGAAGAGACCAUGGCUUGGCUGACAAAAUUAUCUCCAAGGAAAAAAGAAAGUGAGUCCUGCUUUGCCCAACCCAGACCACAUACACUGGGAAAAGGAUCUACUCUUUAUGGCAAGGUACAAAAGGAAAGUCCUCCGCCCCUCGAGAAGCUCAAGAUCGCAGCAGUGUCUACAGCUAAUGGUGUUAAAUCCCUCCAUGAACAGCCCCUAGCAAACGAUACUGCAGAUCCACCAGGAUCCACAGAAGAGACUCAGCCUCUAGACAGACCUGAGGAGUCUGGGCCACCUCAGCCAGGUGGUGAAGAUGAUACUCCAGGUACAGGAGAAAAGAAGAAAGACAUGGUAGCAAUGACAGAGGCUCAGCCUUUAAAAGGAAAUGCUGAGACUGAAUCUGUAGGAACAGACACCAAGGAUCAGCCUUUGAGGACCACAGGAGAGAGGGACUCUCCGGGAGCAGUGGACGGUACUGAGAAUCCACAAACGGCCAGAGAGAUGAAACCUCUAGGAACAGCUGAGAAAAUCCCUCCUCUGGAAGCAGCUAGAAAGCCACAACCUCAAGAAGCAAUGGGAAAGGGUGAACAGACCCAACUCCCAGAAACAGUUCCCAAGGAGAAUGAAUCUCCAGAAGUAUUGGAAGGAAGUCAGUUUGUGAAAACAGCUGAAGAGUGGCAACUUCAAGAAACAUUGGGAGAAGAUGAGCGGUCCCAACCUGUCGAAACCAUUCCCAAAGAGAAUGAAACACCGGAAGUAUUGGAAGGAAGUCGGUUUAUGGGAACAGCUGUAAACAAUUAUUUGCUCCAUAAAACUCCUGAAGGUCCCGGAAGCAUGGAGCAGAUUCAACCUGAAGGAAUAAUAGUUGGAAGCAUAGAGCAUCUGGCAGGAAUUCUAGAAAUAGGAGCAAAUAUUGAAAUGGUCAGGAAAAAUCACACUAACGAAGAGGACCAGCACAUUGAAGGUGAGACAGGAGAAAAAGUUGAAACAGAGAUGGAGAAUGAGAAAGGAAGUGAAGGGCCUGGAACAAAAGAAGAAGAAACAGGGGAAGCUGUGGAUCUUUCAGCAGCCACAUAGAUUGGCAUGGUUGUAGAAGGAUGAACGGACAGUGUGUUGUAACAGAAAAAUGGAGUGAAGUGUGUGGGUACAGAUCUUAUCUUUCAGUGUCUAUGCAUUUUAUACGAAGAGUAUGGUUAUCAUGUUCUUGAUUACGUUGUUCCAUAAAACCGCUAGGCUGUAAACAGUUUUCUUAGACACUUAGAAUAGUAAUACAUUCAGACCUGCAGCUGCCACAGCCGAUAACAAGUAGGGUAUAGGAUCCCCGGAGGGUGAGGGUGUUUUCUUCAUUGUGGUAAUAGGUCUAUUCAGUUUAGAAAAUGAGACCCUAAAAAGAAGGUAUAAACCUUAGAUAUAGGUGGAGAAAAGAGUUAGCACAUUUUAGGGAGCUCAUGAUGAUAAGGUUGCACAGUUAUAAUUACAAUGGGAUAAGAAUGAACAACAAUGUCAGGCUAAACUAUACCUAAUGUUUCUUUCCUGUUGCAGAAUUUAAAGCUGGUAGGAACCUUGGAAAGUGUGUCCAUCUAGUUACCUGCUCACCUUGAAUCUGUCUACUGCCUUAGACUCUUAUUUAUCAUGAUGUGUUAAAUGUGUUAACAAAAUCCUUGUCAAAGGAAUGCAAUCUCUGGUGCUAUUGCAAAAUCAGGUGUUUCUACACUGAAAGGCUAUACAUUUUCCAUGUGCCAUUUUGAAUUAGCUGUUGAUUUUGCACUUACGUGAAGAGUUUCAACUGGUGUUAUCCUUUUGACUGACAUUAAACGUAUUUUAAAUAAAUUGACUUUUGGGGUGCCUGGGUGGCUCAGUUGGUAAGCGUCUGCU